UAUAACAUUUCAUAUGAAGACAAGGUUUUCUUUUCGAUCACAUGUACCAAUAUACCAUGCUGAUGGAAAAACGAAUUGGGAUUACUUUGCUGCUGUUGCUGUGUCAACAUGCAUGUUUCCUCUCUGCAAAUAGUCCAGCAAAACAAUCAGUGACUUGUGAAGGAGGAUCUUUGUUUCUCAGUUGUGACUGGGGAUUCAUACAUGUCCUUGAUGCCAACUAUGGAAGGACUGAUGGCUCGAUAUGCUCUGUUGGAAAACCAUAUGACCAGCUCUCAAAUGUUCACUGCUUCCAAGAAACAUCCCUCCACACGAUGUCCACAAGGUGUAAUGGAAAAAAAAGCUGCUCUGUUCAAGCGGUGAACUCAGUUUUCUCGGAUCCUUGUUAUUGGACUUAUAAAUACCUGCAUGUGUCUUAUGAGUGUCGCCCACUUAAACAAAGCAUAACUUGUGAAGGUACCCAAAGUGUCAUUACCUGUGAUAGAGGUGUUAUUGCUAUUCAUCACGCCAAUUAUGGACGCCGGGAUGUGGCACCCUGCCCUGAUAAAAUAUCAGAUUGUUAUUAUCCUGAGACUGCCAGUAUGCGUUCCAGGUGCGAUGGAAAAAAGUCUUGUCAUCUAGAUGCUUCAAAUUCAGUGUUCUCUGAUCCGUGUUUCGGCGUCUUUAAGUACCUGGAAGUGACGUACUCCUGCAAAUGAGUUUAGCAUGAUCUACAUCAGUUUGUGAGGAAACGGCCUGGAAGAGCAGAAGAAGCAUAUCCUUUUCUUUAGCACUGUCAUUUCUGUUUCUAUUCUGAUUCUCUUUUUUCUUUAAAUCUGCUUUGAAUUCGUUUAUUGAAAAAAAGCAUUAUACAAAAAUAAAUUGCAGUUGAAAUGAAA